AUGGACGGUCGUGGUUCAACAAUGAAUCUCAGAGAUGAACGAUCACGUUCAACUGACAGCGAUCGGAAAGGAAUGAUGGGAACACUAGGCAGAAAGAAAGAACAGAAAUUGGAGCAGUUACGGUCAGUAGCUCAAUCAGAAUAG